AGAUGGUUUGAAAUCAGUGGAAGUAGUUUCACGCCGGAUCCUGAAGUUCCAAGGACCGCAGACAUGGCUGACAAGAAACCUUCAAAGUCUGAUGCUCCGUUCGCCACAAGGAUAGACCCAACUAAAGAGAGCCUUUCUCAGGAACAGAUGCAUUUUAUCAGGCAGGUAGAGCUGGAGCAGUGGAAGAGGAGAUCAUCAAAACUCCGAACGCGGAACGUUGCCACGGGACUUGCUAUAGGAGCGCUGGUUUUGGGCAUUUAUGGCUACACGUUCUUCUCAGUCUCCCAGGAGCGGAUCAUGGACGAGAUCGAUGAAGAGGCCAAGCGUGCCAGACUGCAGGGACCAAAGACUGGAGCCAACUGAGGCGAGAAGGCUGCCAGCCUCUCUUUGGACUCUUUGUUCUGUCCUGCACUUACACCAGGAGAGGACAGUUGAUACCACUGAGUCAUAUUCCAUGCCUGGCUGCUGUUGUUUUUUUUUAUUAUUUCAGACAGGACUAUUUGUCUUGAUGAUUGGUAUUAAAGGGUGGUUGUUUUGAUUUGUCUUGAGCUCUUUUGAGCUGCUUUUCAGUGGAACAGAUUAAUCCACUGAUCUCAGUGUGGCCUUUCGAUGCUGCAUGGAAAGCCUCGAUGGCAUAUGUCCAGCUCUGAUCAUGUAAUUACACUAUCUUAUGGAAAAACAACAGAAGAGGCUGUUAAAGGUAAAACAACAGUGGCCUUGAAGGAAAAAAGGAUGCUAGUGACACUGAAAAGACAUGAAUCAGCGUGAUAAAAUGUUAUUUAUGUUGAUAAAAUGUUUGUACUGAACAAAUCUAAUGUACUAGACCCAAAAUAAUAAAUGUAAAAGUCAUCCUUG